UACAGAAAUCAAGUAAAACUACAAACAGAAGACAAAGUACGUCAAACCAAAUUAUAAAAGCAGAACACGUAUAUAUUACAUAAAAAAAACCCCACCAAACACACAGGAUAAGAAUGAAACAGGACAACGGUCACAUAUUAAAAGCUGUUCUGAAAAGGUAUAUUUUGAGAUGUGAUUUUAAUGUGGAUCCGUUUUCAAAAAUAUUACAAAAUCAAUGACUUUGGGCUGCAUCAUAAUCUGACUAGCAGAUUAUCUUCAUUGUGUUGCACAUUCAUGCUGUUCGUUGUUAAAGAUUAAAUAAAUUUGUCUCUCUCCGAAAACCCGACCCUGACCUGGUCAUUUAUAGUAAGAAUUCCUCCCACACCGCUUUAUCACAUCUUCCCAUGAGAUCCGCUGACCGGCAAAGUGGACUCAGACGUUAUUCUUCCAGUUGGGUGAAUGCCGAAUGCAAGAAUUCAGUGCAUGCAUAUUCAAGAGAAAGUAAGGGAGUGAUAUCAUACACAAGAACUUUUAGGUUUUGAAGAAAAACACUCAGUUCGGAGCAAGUGGACUUCACAGCAUUAAUCCCAGUGUCGCUUGGCCCGCUUCCUGAAUAAUGCAUGCCUCUCCUGUUUGAGCCACCUGCAGGGUUGUUUACUGUUUACUUUGAGAGGCGUAGCUCAGGAAGCCGGGAAGAAGAAAUGAGUGUGGAAGGGUUUCCAGGCAGAAAUACUGACAAGUCCUUGUGGAGAAUUUGCGUAACGGGGUUUGAGAGGGCAGAGGAAAACGGUUGUUUUCCUCCAGCCAAGCAGCGGUGGUUAGAGCUGCUGUUCUAACUUCCUACCACUAAGUAUGACCUCAGAGAGUGAGAGAGAAAAAAGAUUACACUUAUGGGAGGUGGGGAAGGAGGUGUGGCAGUGUAGUCUGUUGUAUAAAGGAGCUGGUUCUGUUGUACAGUGUGAGCUGGGGUCCAAGGGCCAAACGACAUGCAGGUCAAAAUGAAGAGCCUUGGUUAUUGUGCGCUCAUAUUCACUCUUCUGUUGAGCUGCUCAACCCAGGCUGCGAAAAAACGGAAAGGCCUCAAAUCUCAAGGUAGAGACUGCACACAGAUCAGAAGUCUGUCUCCAGAUGCCCCCAGUGGAGUCUACGUAAUCCAGCCUAAGGGAGUCAAUAUCGGCUUCAAGGUGUACUGUGAGAUGAACUCAGAUGGAGGCUGGACGGUGUUUCAGAGGCGCAGUGGAGGCUCUGUGUCUUUCGACAGAAAAUGGGCAGCAUAUAAGAAUGGAUUUGGAAAUCUGACACAGGAUCACUGGCUAGGUCUGAGGAAGGUUUUCGCAUUGACAAGGAACCAAUCCAAGAAGUGGAUCUUGAGGGUGGACCUGUGGGACCACGAAGGUGGCACUGCUUUUGCUGAGUACAAGAACUUCAGAUUGGGCAAUGAGAAAACAGCUUUCAAACUCCACGUUGGGAAAUACAGCGGAGAUGCAGGUGACGCCAUCCGUGGAGCCUAUCAGGGUAUUGACCAGAACGGCUACGGCUUCAGCACCAUCGACCGCGACAAUGACGGCUGCUCCCCGUGCCUCUUCGGAGACAUUGCUGAAUCAAAGUGCUCCCUUUCAGAAGGAGGCGGGUGGUGGUACAGCCGGUGCGGCUUUGCCAGUCUCAAUGGUCACUGGCACCCUUAUGGAGAACACAUCGGCUGGGCUUCUGGUCUCCACUGGCUCACCUGGAAACCACCAGCCCCUUACUCAGCCAAAGCCACAAGAAUGAUGAUCAAGUCCAUGUGAGGGAGAAUGUAGAUUAAAAAAAAAGAUUGCAUGUCUUUUUAUGCAACUAAAUGUCAGGUUUAAACUCCUGGUUACUUCUGACCUUCAACCAUGUUUUCCAAAGAUGCUUCAAUAUGCUUAAGAAAAAGUAUAACAAGCCCUUUAUUUGGAGCGUGUCCCUACAUACAACGUAUCUGCCGCUUGUGAUGUACACCUCUAUUUAAAAUCUAGCUGUUUUUGGUUCUCUUAUACAUUACUGGGCUUUGAACAGAGAAUGCACUCAUCGUGACAAGUCAUGCUUUUAUUGUAGGAAGUAGAAACUUUUGCUAGUACGCCCUUCCUUUCACCUUCCUAUUGUGACAAAUUUUUUAUAAUGCUGCAUUUUACUACAAAAACAUACACGUGUGGCCAAUCUGGGUGUAAAUUGUUUAAUGCUAAUUCCAUAGUUACAAAUCUGUGUAAAACCUUUUUCAUGUUUUGAUGGGUUCAAGUCCUGACCAGGGCCGCUUUUUUGUAGAGUUUGUAUGUUUUCCUCUGCACACAUUGGUUUGUCUGGGUCGCCUCCCACAGUCCAAAUAAAUGCAUGUUAUACCAUAAUAAAUGGUCACUCUUGGGUGUA